AUGGCCAGGUCCGAGACUAUCCCUCUGGAGGAGAUGGUGAGCAUCCUGGACCAAUGCGGGCCAGCUCUGACAUAUGUCCUGCAAAGCAAGUUUGGAUGUACUGCUGUGCUCCAUGGUGUUGAUGCCGGUGCAGGUACAAGGAAGUUCAAGAUGCCAGGUGAGGAAAGGUUUUCUACCCAGCUGUCAAAGGGCCUCAAAGUAUCAGUAAGGAAAGAUGACUUUACCACUCAUAAAGCAGAUGCUGUGAUCAAUUCUGCCAAUGUGAAUCUCCACCAUGUGGGAGGUCUCGCCAGGGCGCUGUGUGAUGCCGGAGGCCCGGAUAUCCAGCGAGAGAGUGACCAGUACACAAAGCUUUACGGAAAGUUGUCAACGGGAGAUGCCAUCGUUGCCGAACCUGGACGCUUACCGUGCAAGAAGAUCAUUCAUGCUGUGGGUCCAUGCCUUCCAUACAAACCAAUGCAAUAUAAUAUUGAUGAUGCUGUGCCAGAACUCACAAAGACUGUAAUAAGCAUUCUAAAGAUGGUAAAUCAAGAGAAGCUGCAGUUUGUGGCCAUCAGUUCUGGCCUGUUCAACUUUCCCUUGCCUCUCUGUGCAGACGUCAUUGUUAAAACACUGAAAGAGUACCAUGAUCGGGAUUAUUAGUAUUUCCUACAUUAUUUCUUACAGUAUUUCCUACAGUAUUUCUUACAGUAUUUCUUAGUGUUUCUUACAGUGUUUCUUACAGUAUUUUGAAUUAAAUUCUUCUUCUAUGUCUCAUUUUUAAGGAUUUAAGCAUGCAACGGUCCAUUCCGACUCCAGAUAUGCAAGGAAAAGUAUUCAACCGUUUAUCAAGCUCUGCAGUGCCUAUCAUGAGACAUUGAAGGAGGCCAGACGCUGGUAUUUUGAUGUUUUGAACCCUGCCUCGAAGAACGUAAUCACCAUUCACAACAAUUUCAUCCAGCACUUUGGCCAGAGGGAGUUUGAUGUGCUUCUUUCUCUUCAGACCAAGAGGGAAGUUUCCAUCGAGGAGAACUUUAAAGAUGGCCACUUUGGAGUGACCAUCCAGGGGGCUUCUAGAUGGUUCAAAGCUGCUCUGUAAGAGGUGGAAGCCCUGUGCUGCAAAGUCCAAGAGGAUUUUGCAAAAGAAGAGUUGAGUUUCAUGGGCAAGCAAUCUCCCACUAGUUCCCCAAGGAAGCCUGUAGAUGACAACAGUUCUGACUAUAAAGAAAGACAACAACAUUUUCCCGGGCUUCAAAUUGUCAGGGUGAGUGUCACAAGAAACAACAGAUAA